AUGAGUGCGGAAACAACACAAAAAGUUUCAAAAACUUUUAUAUUCUCAUACCCAACAUGCACCAACGAGGAUUUACUGUACACGCUCGAAGUCCCGAUGGAGAUCCCCUACGCAGGAUCUACCCGCGAACUCGUGCAAAGACUUAUAAAUAUGUUCAACUUACCGGUGUAUAUAGAAGAUGAUCUGAACGAAAAAUUAGCACAAUUUGUAUCAGAAGAAACAAAAACCUUCCAUAAUGAACGAGAUGCAAAACUCCUAGAUCAAUUAAAAAACAAUGAGUUGAAUGUAGAUGGUAUAGUAAAAAACUGGGAAAAGCUGUUUAAAGAAAAUGUUGUAGACUUUGCUGAACAGAAAGGUUCUUCUGAUGAGGAAGUAUUUGCUGCUGCAUAUCACAAACUGGUACAUUCCCCAGCUUUAGAAACAAUAAUGCAAGUGGAAAGUGCAUAUGCCAAAACAGUUAUGGACAUGUUGAAAAAUAGAGACGAAGAUAUUGAAAAGCUUACUAAAAGGCAAACAGACGAAAUGGAGGAGAAAGUGCGACUGCUUAAUAUAUCAACUACUGAAGAAGAAAUCAAUGCAUUAGCAGCGAAACAUUUUGAACAACAAAGCUUAGCGGCGGGCCGGUGGGACUCCCAGCUGGAUGCCUUGAGACAUACUCAGAAAGCAGCUCAUAGAUCUUGGCUUAUGACAGCUAUAAAUGAAUAUCAGACUGAUGAAAAGGUUACUCCAAGUAACUCCCCACUCUGCUCAUUCCCAAUGGAACAAGCCAUCUUAGCCCCACUUUUGCCGAGGCUGGAGGAGAGCUUCACUAUUCACCUCGGAUCACAGCUUAAACAGACCCACAACAUACGCCUGGUUGCUGUGGAUAUGAUGGACCUGUGUUCCAGCGACAGGACAGAUGGCGGCACGUGGUCGCGCGUGCAGCCCGCGCUGGCGCUGUACUCGCACGAGCUGUGCGGCGCCGUGGUGCUGGCGGACGCGCGCGCGCGCUCGCCGCUGCUGCGCGCGCCCACCGACCACCACUUCCCCGACACCGACGCGCAGCUGCGGCACAUACUCGACGCAGUCAAGGAGCCGGCGGAGAGGCGCAACCAGGAGCGGCUCAAGGCGGCGGGGGGGGCGCGCGGGGCGCGGGCGCGGCGCGCGCUGCAGCCGGGCGACGUGUGCGUGACGCGGCACAGCAACCUAGCGGAGGCGCACGUGCUGUUCCACCUCGUCGUGGACGACGAGUCGCUCAAGUCUGGGGACAUCACGUCGCGCCACCCCGCCAUCCUGGGCCUGCGCAACGUGCUGAAGGCGGCGUGCUGCAACGACGUCACCUCCGUCGCCAUCCCGCUGCUGCUGCGGCACGAGAUCACGGAGGAGAUGACGGCGGCGUGGUGCCUGCGGCGCGCGGAGCUGGUGCUGAAGUGCGUGAAGGGGUUCGCGCUGGAGGCGCACGGCGGCGGCGGCGCGGCGCUGCGCACGCUCACGGCGGCCGUGCCGGGCGCGCUGGCGCCGGGCGUGUUCGCGGCGCUGGCGGCGCUGCUGCCCGCCAUCUUCCGCGUGGCGGGCCCCGUGCGCGCGCGCCUCGCCAGCGCC